GAAAAGUCAUCGCCAUGGCGUGAAACAGUAAAUACACAUCCAGCAGUUAUGCGUAGACAGAGCGAUGGGCGCGUGGUUAAUUUCCGGGUGUGUAAAGUAAUUUCGACGGUCGGCAAGCAGCUCGACAGCAGCUUGAGGGAGGAUCAUCGCAUCGUCGAGGCGGUGGAGUCGUUCGGCGGCGGCGCUGCCUCGUCCGUAAGAAGACGAUAAUCUGACAUCUUAGCCAGGAGAGGAGGAGCGAAGUCGGGGAUGUCGACGACGUCGACGACGGAGAAUUGGUGGCGAUGCUCGGUGUCGUCGUCGUCGGAGCAGCCGGACAUCAGGGGCGAUCCGGCCUGGCUCGAGUUCCCGACCAUUGCCAGCAGAACUAGAUGCAGCCGCAUCUACCUCCGGGAGCAGGCGAGGAUCGUCGACAGGACGAACGUCCUCGACGACGAGGGCUUUCCCAGGCUCGGACAGAGGAUCCAGAAGCGGAAGCUGACCGAGAGCCAAGCCUCGGGGGACGACGCGACUGCCGAACUCGGACACCGCCUCCGCGACCUCGACAUCCACGACGAGGAGAGAAACGGCAGGAAGUCGUCGAAGAGGCCCAGGAGUAUCAUCUGCAUCGACCUAAAGAAGUCCGUCGAGAGGCAAAGGAGUCUGUCCGAGUCGCAGACGAGCAGAAUGACGCCGGCGAAGUUGCAGCGGCUUAAGCUGAACCUGAGCCUGGCGAUCCGGAACCCGUUGGAUUCGGAUCAGGUGGUGUCGUGCAAGAGAGGAAAGCAGCGAGAGACGCCAAGGGUAGCGAGGCUAUCGAACCUGAAGAGGGUGAUUUUAAGGGAGCGGGAACUGAAGCGGCAGGCGAACCUCGAACGGCGAAAGGGCUUCGAUGCCGAGAAGAUGGGGGCGAUGGCGAAGGACGUCAGCGAGAUUGACUUCAACCGGUUGAAGAUCAACGCGGAAUCGUCUUCGACGCCGGGCAUGAGGCUGUUCCUUUACGAGCGCAGGGAGCCGCGAUCCUUACAAUUAGACGACCAGCCGGAAUCCAGCAAGGGCGACGUCUCCGGGACGCUGGAGAACUUGGCGCUCCAGAGGGAGGACGACGCUGAACCUUUGGCGGAAGUUAGCCCUGAGGACCGGGACGAGCCCAUAGACAUCAACGUCCUGACCAAGACAUCCUGUUUGAAAAUAUGCGACGAGACUGGAGAGAUGGUCGAGGUGUUUGUGGAGUCGAAAAUGCCGCCUCCGAGUCUAGAAAAAAAUCUAUCUGCGACACCGAAAGAUCUCCCUGCAGAACCGAAGCAUUCGAGAAACUUUCGCGAAUACUGCACGAAUAAUUUAACACCGGGGCUGAACGCGUCGAUGGAACUUUUUCUGGCCGAGGUUUACCGUCUCCAGCGACGAAUGUACGAGAGGGAUGAGGUCAAGGGUCGUUCGAAGCGGAGGUUUUACGCCGGGUUCAAGCAGGUCAUCAAGUACGUCGAGUUAAAAAAGAUUAGAUUCGUCGUCAUCGCUCCGGACCUGGAGGGCAUCCAUGGCUACCCAGGUGGCCUCCUCCAACUCGUGGGAAAACUUAUUACCGCUUGCAAAUUGCACGAGGUAGUUUUCUGCUUCGCCCUCAACAAACGGAAGCUGGACUACUACACCCACAGAAAGCGUAGCGUCUGCAGCUGCGUCGGUGUGUCCAACUACUCGGGAAUUGAGGAAAUUUUCGAGAACGUGCUCACGGAAUUGAUACAGGCGAGGAAUUCCUACGGGAAAGUAAAUGUCCCUGGAGACCAAGGGGAGGCUUUGAAUCCAGCGAAGAAGGACUGCGAGCACAUGCUGCUAUCGGCGAGAAUCAAUCUUCUCUUCAAAUCUCUGGCCGUUGUGACCUGAAGAAGGGAUUAAUGUCCGAAAUCAAGGCACUUCAAACCCUCACUGUCGACUUACUUGCAAUUGAAAGACGACGAUGACGGUUAAUUUUCUUUCCUAAACAGCCUGAAUUCAAACGAGUAUUACUCAUGUGUAUAUUGACAUCCAAUUGCGGCUAUAAAGAUCGCAUGUACUAACGUUACUCAUGAUCCGAGGGUUGCGCAGGCCUCUUAGUAUGAAACACAGAUCUGGCAUGUAUGCGCCAGUACUUUUCAUGUAUAUUUUUUUUUUUUAUCAUUUAUUACACGAACCGUAUAACUUUUAUUUUCAAUUGGAAACGAGGGUAGAGAUGAGAAGAAAGGGUAUUCUUGAUAAUAUUGUUUAUAAAACAUUGGCAAUGUAUGGUACUAUCUAGGUAUAACGAAAGAAAGAUAUUUGUAUAUGAUGUGCGAGACGAAGUUGGACAUCAGUUGUCAAUUGUGUACCUUUUUUUUAUUACACGUACACAUAUUGUUAAGCGGAUUCUCACUGCACCUCACCAACCCGUAGAAGUUGAACGAAGUGCUUAUCCGGUGCACGAUAAUUUGGUGACACGUGAUGAAAGCCGGCAAAAGAAUCUCACAAAAGAUAUCGCGAGGUUUUGUUGGGCACAUGGCGUGAUCGAUAAACACACCUCGUAAUCUUUACCGUUACUAAUCCUCGGUUACUGCUCAAAUGAAAUCAAAAUGCCAGAAGUUACAAGUACAAAAAAAAAAGAAAAUUACUUCUAGAAUCUACGGAGCCCUGUAGAUUGCAAAUAACUUAAACU